AAAGCUCGACGCCUAUUGGAUAAAACAAGUGCCAGUGAAUACCAAAUCUUCCAAUCGUUGACGUCUCAGAUGUCCUACCUCCGCCCAUCUAUAGCAUUCCGGUUUUGGCGGUGGGGAGAAGAUGGCGGAAAAUUUGAAAGGUUGCCGUGUGGCGUGCAAGGUGUCACUGAGCCAGCUGCAGACUCUUUGCCAGCAGGAGAAGGUCUUCUGCCAGAGACUGGGACUGAGCAAAAAGAAGUUUAAUGACUAUGAAGUAGAGUACCUCUGCGACUACAAGAAGCGUAAGGAUCAAGAGUUCUACCUGGUGAAGUGGAAGGGCUAUCCUGAGUCUCAGAACAGCUGGGAGCCGCGCAAGAACCUCCGAUGCAUUAAGCUUCUCAAGGCAUUCCAGCACGACCUGGAGCUGGAGCUGCGGAAGCACAGGAAGAGGCGCAGUUUCAAGAAGCUGGACAGUGGUAUCUCCUCAUACUUGGUGCAGAAGGCCAAACAGCGGCAGGAGCUUCACCGCUGGGAGGCUCACCUCAACAAGAUGCGCAGUCACAAGGGCCGCAUCUUUGUGCUGAACGAGGUGGACCUGGAGGGCCCGCCUAAGAACUUCACCUACAUCAACAAUUACAAGGUGGGCGAUGGCAUCAUGCUCAACGAGGUGACGGUGGGCUGCGAGUGCACCGACUGCCUGGGCAACCCGGUGAAGGGCUGCUGUGCCGGGGCCUCCCUCCACCGCUUCGCCUACAACGACCGAGGCCAGAUCAGGUUGCGCGCCGGCUUGCCCAUCUACGAGUGCAACUCGCGCUGCUGCUGUGGCCUGGAUUGCCCCAACCGUGUCGUUCAGAAGGGCAUCCAGUAUGACCUCUGCAUCUUUAAGACGGACGAUGGACGUGGUUGGGGUGUACGCACCAUGGAACACAUCCGUAAAAACACCUUUGUCAUGGAGUACAUCGGGGAGAUCAUCACAACCGAGGAGGCGGAGAGACGCGGCCACAUUUAUGACCGCCAAGGUGCCACAUACCUGUUUGAUUUAGAUUAUGUGGAGGACGUGUACACGGUGGAUGCUGCUAACCACGGGAAUAUUUCCCAUUUUGUCAACCAUAGUUGCAACCCCAAUCUGCAGGUUUACAACGUGUUUAUUGACAACCUCGAUGAACGGCUGCCUAGAAUAGCCUUUUUCGCCACCCGUCACAUCAAACCCGGUGAGGAGCUCACUUUCGACUACAAAAUGCAAAUUGAUCCAGUGGACGCAGAGAGCACAAGAAUGGACUCGAAUUUCAGUCGGGCUGGUCUUCCAGGGUCCCCAAAGAGGCGGGUUAGGGUGGAGUGCAAGUGUGGAGUGGAGUCUUGUCGAAAGUAUUUGUUUUAAACUGUACUGAAUGUAAGCAUUGAUCAUCAUGGGGGGGGGGUGCAUGGUUUGAGUGGCCGUUGUAUAGUAUUUUCUUUUUUUAAAUCAAUUUGUUUUCGCCAUUUUUUUUUAAUUAGUCUUCUUUCAUUUGAACACAUUUAAAAAAAUUUUUAAGAUAGUGGAAUUGCCCUCUAUCUUAAGCUAUUGGUGGCUGAAACAGGAAAAAGUGGGAUGAUACGAGGGAGGGGUGAAGUACAGUAAGGUAGUAUUAAAGCUACUAAAGGGUACUGUGAAUGGAGAUUGUUACUCCACAAACUUGCAUAGUUCAGAAUUAACCUUAAGCCUGGUUUCAGUGGAAAAUGGCAAUGUUUAGAUUUGACUUUUCCCCCUAAGACGCUGGGUACACUACCAGCUGUUUUAUAACGUGUGAUCAUCUUUUGAUGAAAACGUUCUGCUAAAUUACAUUAUAUGUAAACUAAGCUAACCACUUUCUGAGCAGUUCCCUUAUCUAAAAGCAUCAUUGAGUGAAUAUGAACACUGGAAUUGCUGCCCAUUUCACCCCAUGUCCUAUAAUUGUUCUGAUCUGUGCAGUUCAUAGAUAUGUUUGUGGAAGUGUUUAAAUACAUGUAUAUGCAUUGUGAGAUACUCUGUGUACAUCUCGGUAUGGCUUACAGAACCAUGCAUGUCUUCAUAUUUUUGGAAGGCUUGCAUGUACAUGAACAAAGGGCUAGGAAAUGAAAAUCAGUUGCGUUUCAGGUCGUAAAAGCAGGGCACGUGUAUUCAGAUAUAAACGUAGCUGUUUCUCUGUGGUUUAACAGUACUGUAACUACCUGUAAUGAGAUGACAUGCGAGUUUCCUGUGCCUUUCUCAGCACUUGUGCCACACCUUCAUCCUACAGGUAGUCAGUCAGUCAGUCAUGGGUUGAAGAUUGUGUUUUCCAUCCAUCACUAUAUCCAGUUGGUUAUUAUAAUAUAUAUAUAUAUAUA